AUGAGCUCCCAGUUUCCUUGGAAGCUCCUGCUUUUCCUCUGUGCCACCUCCUUCGGGGAGCCGCUGGCAAAGGUGGCCCCUGUGGAGAAUCCUAGAACUCUAGGCCACGGGCCGGGCCCCCUGAGCCCCUGGGAGCAGGGCCUGGGGUGCGCAGAGGCCAAGCCGGCCCGGCCUGCGCUGAGCCCCCGGGAGGCCUCCCUGUGCCCGCCGGGCCAGGGCUCCGCGGGACCCCGGCGGCCCGGCCCUUGCGCCCCACACGGCCGGCCGAGCCCUGCACCCCGGGGCGCGGUGCCGGUGCCGCGGGAGAAGGACCUGGCGGCCUACAACUGGAACUCCUUCGGCCUGCGCUACGGGAAGCGGCUGGCGGCGCCCGGGAGCCGCGGGCCUGGCGGGCGCAGGGGCUCACCGUGA